AUGAGUAUUGUUCCAAAGGGUCAUCAGGAUAGAGUGUCGACGAGCCAAGGGGUGACGUCUAAUGCGGCCAGUUUGCCGGACACGCUGAGAAUGCAAGAAGGUGGUGCUGUGCCAUUGUCAUCGCAAUUGAACGAUAGACAUCCUCUGAUGCACCGUGUACAGAAUUGGGAAGAGACACAGCAUAGGAGACAGCUGGAGCAAUAUAGAAACAUAUUUGGUCUUGCCGAGCCUAUGAGACGUAUGAUGGAGAUCGGGAUAGUGGAUGCUACCGACUUCAACCCUGUCUCCCAGGGCCAGAGCUCAAUUCACCGCGAUAUACUUAUGAACAAAGAGACCAGUGUGGACUGGGAGGACAUUUACCCUGAAAACAACGGACUGCUAUCAGGUAACAUGGUCGGUGAUGACGUGCAUACACAGAUAGAACGCAAGGUUGGUAUAUAA